CAGCUAUGUCAGAAGGAGCGCUUGUAGCGUGGUAUUUGUUAAUGCUGUCAAAAACACAGUCCGUCGGAUUAAUGAGCGAGAUUAUGAAUAUUUCUCAGUUCUGGGGAAAGUGUAUGUAGUUAGAAAUCGUGUUUCAUCGUGUCACUGCCGUCGUGAAUUGUAACUGGAUGUGCUGUCUCUUUAAACGCAGGGCGGAGAGUCGAUUUCCAAUUGUGGAUGGGGUAGAUUACUGCUUUAGUCUGAUGCUACAUCAUCUCAUUUGACUCUGACAGAGGAUUCCCUUUGUGGGGGAGCAACCAACGAGCCUCCUGUGCAAAAUCAGCUCAGUCCAGCAGCAUGGAUUUUAACGUAAAAAAACUGGCUUGCGAUGCGGGGGUCUUUUUUACCAGGGCGGUGCAGUUCACAGAAGAGAAGUUGGGCCAGGCUGAGAAGACUGAGCUUGAUCCUCACCUUGAAAAUCUGAUCACUCGGGCAGACUGUACCAAGAAUUGGACUGAAAAGAUCUUGAGACAAACGGAAGUGCUCCUGCAGCCAAACCCAAGUGCUCGAAUCGAGGAGUUUAUCUAUGACAAACUGGAGAAAAAGCUUCCCUCCAGGACAACCAAUGCAGAAUUGCUUGGCCAAUACAUGCUGGAUGCUGCCAAUGAAUUUGGCUCCGGUACACCUUACGGUAGUACCCUGAUUACUGUGGGUGAAUACCAGAAAAGACUGGGAACUGCUGAGCGAGAGUUCCUUCAAACAUCUGCCACUACAUUUCUCACUCCAUUACGUAACUUCCUGGAAGGAGACUGGAGGACUAUAUCAAAAGAGAGGCGAAUACUGGAGAAUCGCCGGCUGGAUCUUGACAUCUGCAAAACACGUUUGAAAAAAGCUAAGCAGGCAGAGGUCAAAGCAGCAGCUGCACCUGAUUUUCAAGAGACAAGGCCUCGAAAUUAUGUUCUUUCUGCCAGUGCAUCAGCGUUGCAGAGCGAUUGGGAGAGUUGGGAUGUGGAGGCAGAGCCUAGUAAAGCAGAGCAGCAAAAGCUCCUGAGUGAGGAAGUGGACAAAGCAGAGCAUGAGCUCCGUGUUGCACAAACUGAGUUUGACAGACAAGCUGAAGUCACCAGACUGCUGCUUGAGGGCAUUAGCAGCACCCAUCUAAACCACCAGCGUUGUUUGCAAGAUUUUGCGGAAGCCCAAGCCACCUACUAUGCUCAGUGUCAUCACUACAUGCAUGAAUUACAGAGGGAACUUAGUAGAUGUGCUAAUUCAGUUAGCGUCCCCCACCAGUCUGCUGCUUGUCCCAACCCUGUAUCUGCUGCAUUCCCAUCUGGACCAUCUUCACCUGGUACCAUAGUCCCCACCUCUUUGAGCAAUAAGCCCAAAACACUGGCUAUGGAACAAACCCAGCUUCCCAUUACAGGCACCAGAAAGGCCAAAGUACUGUAUGACUACGAUGCUCAUGAUUCAAGCGAGCUGUCCCUAUUGGCUGAUGAGCUUAUUACCGUCUACACUGUACCUGGCAUGGAUCCUGAUUGGCUGGUUGGAGAACGAGGCAAUGAAAAGGGAAAGGUCCCUGUCACCUACCUUGAACUGCUGAGCUAAUGGACCACAUAACAUUACAAACAUAAAAAUGCAAAAUGCUCUUUCUAUUGUCACUCUGUAUGUUAAUUUAGUGCACUUCAUUACUCCUACUUUGGCUGGUAUAUGAAACACAUUCAAACUUUCUGUGACUAUAAAGGCAGAAAUCGCAUAUGUGGCUAUAGCCAUAGAUUCAGUUCACAUGGAAUUGCAAAUGACGAUAGUAAUCUGUUUUAGCAAACCACCAUCGCUUUGCUAAUGUAUUCAUACAUUUUAUUUAUUCAUUUAAUUUUGGAAACAAGUCACACCACCUACAGCUAAACAUUUACCAUGAUGGACCUUGCGGUGGCUUUACAGUAAAUCUUUAGAUCCCUUUUACAAACAAUUUUUCAGGUUAGUUUGAAUGAAGUGUUCUCUAUGGUCACAAAUAAUAAGUAUGGUAUAAAUAAUAGCUAGAGGACUAGAUAAGGAAUACAAUUCUGCAUUUGUCUAAUUAUUUUCUGGUAAAAAUGUUUUGAUUAGUACAAGCACGUAAUUCCUGACAAAUUUAGUUUGAAUUUUGUCAAACCUUUGAAUUUGAGCGGACUUACUCUACAAAUAUUUUUUAAAAAUGCGUAAAACUGAAAGUCCACACCAACUUAUUGCAAACAUUCUUUGAACUGAAUCCAUAAGUGAUAGCUUAUUUCCUUGAAUAUUUUUAAGUUGGUCCAAUGAUUUUGAUACUUAAACAACAGGAAAAUAGAACAAUCUUCAUCAGAGGAGAGACAUUGUUCAAGAAUGUGAAACACAUGGGUUUUAAGCAAUUCGUCAUUCUACUUUAAUUUAUAACCACAUGUAUCAGAGAAGUUCCAUGACUGGUGUCACAUAAGAUACAUUUCACAAUUUCAAAUUUUUCCCUUUGAAGCCUUCAUGUACCCCAGCAGGAAUUAUUUCCAUCUCAAUCUCAUUCAUAUUGACCCAUUUGAGCUGGGUUAAUAAGAAGAAAAAAAGAAAAGAAAAUCACACGCCGCCAGGUCUGGUAACUGGGGAGGUUGAUUCAGCAUGGCACUGUUCGUCUUGGCCUGGAACUGCUCAAAACUCAGGACAAUGUGAGCAAGCGUGUUGUCAUGGUGAGGAAUGGUGUUGUCCUACCACAAUUCUUGCCUUUUUCACUGAACAAAGUAAACACUGAAUGAACUCUUUGUCGACGGUGAAAACUCGUAGUUUGGGUUUUGUGACCUCAAUUCUGGACCUUUUUGAACACACCAUAGAUUGAGCACUGUUCUGAAAAUAUUAGAAUAAUAGUUGAGAAGAGAUAUCUAAUUGCGAUGGUGACUGCAUUCUGCUAGAUGUACCAUUUUAACUUAAAAAAUAAAUUUGAGUUCAGAAAAUUGUAUUGAUAACCAGCACUGUUUAGUACACAUGAAUUGCAAACUUUAUUCUAAGUUUGAAGUGAGCUGAAGUUUAUUAAAUAUAUGUGAUGAUAGUUAUCUGUGAUUGGUUUAUGUGCAAAAUUGAAAUUAGAAAUGACUUGUGAAAAGAUGUAAACUGCAGGUCGAGUACUGCUGUUCAUUAACAUGUACCGUAUUUUCCGGGCUAUAAGGCGCACCUAAAAACCUGAAAUUCUCUCAAAAGCCGACGGUGCGCCUUAUAGUCCGGUGCGCCUUAUAUAUGGACCAAAUUCCUAAAUUUAAACUGGCCCGAACAAUUGUGUCAUGAAAUCAAUCAUAAGUGGCCCGCUGAAGACUAUGAAUCAUGAAUCAAAAAGACUACGGAUCAUUAUUUUGUCAUUAUAAAGUAAUUAGUUGCGUCUGAAGUUGAAAUAAAAAAAGAUAAAAUGGAGAAUGAUUUGAUUAGGAUUAAAAAUCUGACACGACGCAUUCAUGGUGCGCUUUAUAGUCCGGUGCGCCUUAUAUAAAGACAAAGUUUUAAAAUGGGCCAUUCAAUGAAGGUGCACCUUAUAGUCCGGAAAAUACGGUAAUUGUUUUACAUGGAUUCCCCAAAAUAAUGUCACAAAUUUUCAGUAUGCAUGAACAGUUGUCAUGUAUGUAACAAUGUGGGGGUUAGUAGUAUGCGUGGCUCAAUUCAGAAUUUUUCAUUAGUUUCUUUCUGCUGUUCAUAUUUUGAAUUUAAUGUUACGUCCACAGCCAAAACUAGUAAUGGCACUUGUUAACCUAGUUUUUGUCUGGCAUGGAGCACAAUAAACUUGCAUGAGUGGAACAGUAACAA